AUGACAGGACGCGGGAGAGGUCGUCCUGCCACGCGGCAACAGCAACCGGCCGAGGGAACGACAGUUGCUGUCCGGCGUGCCACGCGUCUUCAGCAGCAAUCUCCGCCACCUCCUCAAGGGGAACAGGUAGAGCAGCAGCAGCUUCAGCAGCAUCCGGUUCAGGAUGCUCAGAUUGACCCAACCCUCACUGGUGCUCAGGAAUCAGAGAUGCCUCCUCCUCCUAUCCCAGCCCCGAAAGGCCAAAGUGAGCAAGCCGUUGUUGAAGUUGCUCGUCGAAGCACGCGCCGUGAUGCCCGUGCUGGGAGCAUGGUGAGCGUUAAUAGCGUUCUUACACGUGUCUCUGGGACAGAUGCCUUCUCCUCUCAACCAGAAACCCCAGGUAUCGGUCUUCGUAGAGGCACUUCAACAUCACUCACUGGUACCCCGGCUCGUGAGGUACCUAUUUUCACAGAUUCCGAGUCGGGCAGAACUCCGGUAAAGAAGGGAAAGGAGAGGCUCUUGAUGAGCCGCAUGUUGCCGCAUCUCUUCGCUUCGGCAGACAAACUGUUCACUCUACUGGCCACAACAGACCCUCAACAGAGAGACCUUGUUGAGCAGGCAGCCUUGGAAGACGAGUUCGACAUGUACCGCUUACGGUAUGUCUCGAACCAGAGCCAACCCAGCAUCAAUCUCAAGCACGUUCUUUCGACCCUGGAAGUCGACCCUACCUCACCGGCCGGUUCCGACGCCUGCAAGAUCGUGACGCUCGCCAAUCUUGUUAAAAUCUUCGAUCGAAUUGACGUGAUUCAGCAGGAUCAUUCCGAAGACCCCUUGACCGACCUGCAAGUCUGCGAUGACAUAAUCGCCCAGUCUAUGGUAGUGGAUGAAGUUGAGAACUCGGCGGUCCUUAAGCCAGAAGACAUCAUGACUCAAGUUGUGGAAAUCCGGACGCUUCUGUUCAUGGCCACUCUCAAAGAUCUCGAGGUGCAGAACCAAUUUCCGAUAAGCCGGUCGGAGGUAUUGUCGGACACGUUUUGUCAAGAGAGCCCAAGUAUGGAAGCAGUAGAGGACUUCAAACAAGGCAACAAGGAUGCUUUGCUGCUGAAGUUUGUCCCGGGCAUUGACCCUAACGAUGACCCUUGGCACAAGGAAGAGGAGAGCCUGGAAGCCUGUUUCCAGGAAAUCAAACGACAACUACAACCUGUGACACCGGGACCGUCCUACCCAGCUACCCACUAUGGCGCGCCAGAUUCAUCGGCAGUGGAUUCGCAGAUUCAGUCUCAGUUGGAGAGCGAGUCACUGGCACAUACUGGGCAAAGACAGCAGCCGUAUAUGGCAGCUCUUCGUGCUAUGAAGCAGGAUCAGGAAUCGGAGAGCGGUGCUUCACAAUCACAGGAUGGAAGUUAUUCGACGACCCAGGAUCUCCUCGAUCAAGGCUACGGGUUUGCAUCGAGCAGUUACGCCUCAUUGGGGCGCGCCUCAUACCCCCCUAACUACGACGCUCAACCAUCAUCAUCUGUGGUAUACCCUGGCCACCCGGGUGCCAUUCAAAACGGCGUUGAGUACGCACGAUCUGCCGCCCAGCUAGGCCGUUCUAAGCGUGCUUCUCCAGGCGAGAAUGGGGGUGUAGCCGAUGGAGCAGAUGCGGGCAAACGACCAGCUAAAAAGCCAAGGACACGCCGGAACAAGCCCACUGUUCCCAUGCCUGCCGCAGAGGGUGCAUCGGGGGAUGCUGAGACGCCUUCUUCAUCUGCCGCUACUGCUGCUGCCGCUGUCGCUGCUGUGGCUAGGUACUCACCGUUCACCGACACGCAGGCCGAGCCCGACUUUGAGUUUGUCGCGCAACGCACGAGGGAGCUCUCGGCAGCCAACCGCAAGGCAAGAGAACCACAACAACGGUCGCCUUGGGUUCGCGACGACAUCAGGCAGUUGGUCAAGGCGGUGGAUAUGUACAAGUGCAAAUGGAGCGUCAUUGAGAAGGAGAUAAAGGAGGGCAAGCUUCCUUUUGUGCGCCCUCGGGACCAGCAGGCUUUGCGAGACAAAGCUCGCUUGCUAAAGCAAGACUUCCUAAAGGUUGAUGCUAUUUUGCCUCCUUCGUUUGAUCUCGUUGUGCUGGGUAAGAAGGAGAGAAAUGCCGUGAUUGCAUGCGGCAAGAAUCCGGACCGCAAGGAAGCCGACAUAGCGAACGGAAUCCCCAUCAAUACCGAGUAUCGACAAAAUGAGCAGGAGCAAGCAAAUGCUGCGGAAGCGGGGGACCAAGCACAUGUACAAGGCGAGGAACAACCGGAGAUGCAACUCGAAGCACAGGCGGAGGUACAAACUGAGGCGCAGCCCGAGGCUUCGGCAAUGGUUCCAGCUGAGGCGCAUGUUGACGCAGAAGCGAUAGAAGCUGCUUCCAUGUCAUAG